AUGGUUCCCACGAAGAAGAUCAUUCGCAAAAAACAAGCGGUGAAAAGGGACCCGCUCAAGGCCCAGCGCCUCGCGUGGUCCGUCGGCCACAUCAUCACGCUCGUGUGCACCGCCAUCUACAGCAUGUUCUACUUCUACGACACCCUCACCAUGUACCGGUACCGCUCCUGGAAGACCCUGUUUCUGAUCGCGCGGCCGCCGCCGCGCGAUCGCGUUGGCUGGCUGCGAUGGCUAUGGCAGCUGUCGCCGCAAUUGAGCUACCGCAGCGCGCUUCUGGGCGUGCUGGCUUCGUACUCGGUCAGCAAUUUCCUCGAAUGGAGCCAGGUGAACCCCUCCUGGUACGACCUUUUGGGCCAAGAGAACUUCCAAGGCAUCCUGAUGGCCGCGUUGUUUCUGCUCAGUCGCGCGUCUCUUUUCAAGUUGCUGCCCUUUGCGCUCAAUUCGUUUCUGCAGAUCACCACCAAAGCUAGCGAACCCAGCGACAACCUGCCCGCCAGAACGCAUACGCUUUUGCACGUGAUCGCUUACUCGGAGCUCGUGGUCGCUGCGAUUUUGCUUCUCGACACCCUCACUUUCAAAGACGGCACUUCGGGAUUCGUGCUCGCGCUGUAUAUGGGCGUCUAUUGGCUCCGCAUCAACUUCUCGCCCUACGCGCAAACGACGGUGCUGCGCUUGUUGCUCAAGCUCGACAAAAAGGUUCCUCCCAAGUUCAAGAGCGAAUGGGACCAGGUCAAGCAGUUCAUCUACAUGCGCAUGGAGGAAAGUAGAAACACGCGACAAGCAAUGCAGCGCAGAUUCUAG